AAAAAAGGCAAAAUCGCUAACAAAAAAAAAAAAAAAUGGACCAAAAUAUAGGCCCCUGAAGCAGAAUUUACUCCUUAAUAGAUAGCUAGUUCAUUUCAACAAGUCUGACCCUGGGUAUCUGGUAUAUACGUUUUAAGAUGGACCGUCAAGUUUAUCUUAGCGUAAGAGCAUCGAAUGAUGACGCUAGUGACGCAAGCUAUUCCAAUACUUCAUUUGUUGGUAAUACUCCAUCAACAGUAUUAUUCUUUUUAGCAUUAGCUGUUGGGGUUUUCAUUGCUUUAUUAUUCAUUUUUUUCACUAUUCGAUAUUUUAUUCGUUCUAAAUACGGCUUACAUGUUUACCCAAUUACCCAUCGAAGUAUUCCAUUUAAUUUUUUAAGUGAUGGUGACUUGAAUAAUCAUUCAAAUAAUCAAACAAAUAAUUCCACAACAAAUUAUGAAUUACAUGAACAAAUUGAAUAUAUUCGAGCGCAUCAUUUUAUAAGAGGUGAAAUUUUAGAGAGAAGAAUUAAUAAUAAUUUAUAUUUCAAUCAAGUUAGUCAAUUAACAACAAAUACUUCUACUUCAACCACCGAUGCUGCCAUUGCAGCAGCUGCUGCAAGACGUAGAAGACGCAGAAGAAGAAGAAGAAGAAGAAGAGGCGGAUGCUAUGCUAGAAUGAAAAAAUUGUCAGAACAAGAGGUUGAAAUCUUGUUCCCCAGGAAAAGUUAUUUUGAUUGGUUAAAUGGCGGUAAAGAACGAGAUCAAGACGUUCGUGAUGGGGUUUUACAAGAAGAAAAUUUAUUAUAUAAGACUAUCAAUGAUUCUACUAGUAAUCAUGAUGAUACUUAUCAUGUUAAUUCUUCUCAGGAUAAUGCUUUACGUGAUGAUGAAGAUGAUAAUACAAGCUUAUACGCUGAUGCUUCUAAUAAUUUACCGAUCAAAAUGGUGAAUUUAUCCAAGGGAUGUACGACUAAAGUUGAAGAUGAAGAUGAAGAUGAAGAUGAUGAAUUACAUUUCACUUCUGGUACUUGUGCAAUUUGCCUUGAAACUUUAGAAAAUGAAGAUACAGUACGUGGUUUACUUUGUGGUCACGUUUUCCAUGCUGAUUGUUUAGAUCCUUGGUUAAUUAAAAGAAGAGCUUGUUGUCCUAUGUGUAAACGUGAUUAUUUCUAUAAAAGUGAAAAUAAUCAAACAAAUCAACAAAAUAAUGAACCAAAUAAUCAGCAAAAUAAUGAAUCAAACGACCAACCAAGUAAUGAAAACAAUGACGAUGAGUUAGAUUCUGAUGAUGAAUUCAGUUUGGAUUAUGACGCUUUCAGAAAUGAUCCUACUUUAAGAGCAAUGCUACAGGAGCUCAUUCCAACUUCUGAAAGAGUUCGGUUUAUUCUUAAUGAUUCAAGCUUGAAUCACCUCAAUUUAGAAAAUAGAGCAAACGAAGUGGCCAAUAAAAAAUAUGGUUCGCUUCUCAAAAGAUUUUGGUGGAGAUUAAUGGGUAUUAAAAAACUCGAUCUAUUCAAUUGGGCCGUUCUCUUUUUAUACCACCAAGAGAAUACCGAUCUGAAUCCCGAAAGUGAAAAUACUAAUGAAAAUACUAAUGAAAAUACUAAUGAAAAUACUAAUGAAAAUACUAAUGAAAAUACUAACGAAAAUGCCAAUGAAAAUGCCAAUGAAAAUGCUAGUCAACAUGCCAAUGAAAAUGCUAGUCAACACGCCAACGGGAACACCCCAGAACCCCCAAACACAGACAAUUCAAAUGACCAUACCACAACCGCAAGACAAUCCCAGGAUCUCGGCGAGACAAGGAAUGUGGUUGAACAACGAAUCAUUUUUACUAACGUUGAUAUAGCUCCUCCAAAGAAAAGUGUUAAAAUGGAUUUAGGUUCAUUCUUAGCUGAUGAACAAUUCGGUGGUGGUGGUUCUUGGGCCGAUGAAGAUGUUGAUAUGUCUUCUAUUGGUGUCCAAGUCAACUCCUCUGUUGGUGUUCCAUCUGCUGCUGGUUCUUUUGCUUCAAGAGAAAGAAACGAAGAUUCUGGAUUUGAACGUAGAAGAGAAGAAUAUCCAAUUCCUGAUGCUCCUCCAUACAGAGCUAGAGUUAAUAAUUUACCAUAUGAUAUCUCUGAAGGUUCUUUAAUUAGAUAUUUUGAAGAUAAGUUAGUUGCUCCAGGUACUGUUACCGAUGCUAAAGUUCCUACUGAUAUGUCUACCGGUAGAGCCAAAGGUUUUGCUUUCAUCACAUUCCAAGAAAGAGAACUUUUAGAAGAUGCUUUAAAAUUAACUUUAUCUGAAUUUAAUGGUAGAAAAAUUUUUGUUAAUGUUGCUGCUCCUCAAAAACAAGAUGUUUUCGAUAUGGAUUGGACCUCAGUUAGAGGUUCUGGUAUUCCAGCCCGUGGUGAAAGAUCUCAAAGAGAAGAAGCUGAAUUAGAUUGGGGUUCAGCAAGAGGUUCUGGUAUUGCACCAAGACAAAGAAGUAAUAGAGGUGAAGGUAGACCCAGAAGAGAAGAACCAGACUUAGAUUGGGGUUCAGCUAGAAAUACUGCUUCAACCUUACCUCCAAGAGAAAGAAGUAAUAGACGAGAAAACUCAGACAGACCUCCAAGAAAAGAAGAACCUGAAUUUGAUUGGGGUUCAGCUAGAUCAACAACCACAAACUUACCACCAAGAGAAAGAAGUAAUAGAGGUGGUGAUAGACCAGAAAGAAGACCAAGAAAAGAAGAACCUGAAUUCGAUUGGGGUUCAGCUAGAUCAACAACUACAAAAUUACCUCCAAGAGAAAGAAGUAACAGAACCGAAAAGAAAGAUGAUAUUGACUGGACAAGGGGUCAAGCUUUGGAACCACGUCAAAAAUCAAAUAGAACUGCCAACAAUAAAAAGGGUAAACAAGAUAAAGAAGCUGAAAAACCUCAGGGCCCUCAAAAAUCUUUAUAUGAUGUCUUAGCUGUUGAAGGUGACUCUGACGAAGAAGAAUCAAAACCAGAAGUAACCAAACCAGAAGCUCCAAAACAAGAAACUGGUUUAGAAGAAGCUACCUCUAAAUUGUCUGUUCAAGAAGAAUCCAAGACUGAUGACGGUUGGGAAGUUGUUGGUAAAUAAUCUCGCUGACUUACCUCAUCUUCAUUCACCGUCUUCUUGCCAUUACCGCAUUAUUUCAUCCACAACAACCAACGACCUCCCUUGAUGUUUAUAUAGAUCCUAGACAUUCCCUAUUUUUGCACCAAUUUUUCGUUUCGUUUUACUUGUUUUUCCUAUAAUUUUUUCUCUUCUCUUAAUGUGUAUUCUUAAGCACUAUGACAAACUGCAUGUACUCUUAACAAAAAGGUAGAAAAGAAAAAAAAAAGAUAGCAAU